AUGGCAGCAUCUGCCGGUACGCGUUUGCCUGAUGAAGAGACUUUAUUCCACCUAAUUCCUCUGAAUGAACAAGCUGAAGCCGCAGUGGAUCACUCUGACAAUUCCCAAUACGUCUCCGUAUCGACAGAAUACGGCCGUAAAGGAUUAGAGGUAGGGUAUCACGUUCCCACCAAUCCGAGGGGAGACGUGAUCACGAGUCUGGGAAGAGACGCAGACCUGAUAUUAAACCAUGCCGAAGAUGAAGACAAGAAACCCCCAUUUGUUUCUGCGAGGCAUGUCGAUUUUCAACUCAACAUGCACUCUCACGUGGUGAUGCUCCGCGUUUUGUCUCCCGACCCAACGUCUGUCUCGGUCGUUCUGCGCGAUUCCAAAGAUGCGGGCGUAGAUGAUGUAGACAUGAGCGGAGUUGACGCCCCGGAGAGCUACGGAUGCAGGGAAACCUGGGGAGACAGUGUCCUGCUGUAUGGCCGAUCCUACCAUAUAAACAUCUGUCAUUACAAGUUCAACGUGAUCUGGGUCCGCAAGACUCCCGAAGAGCUGGAGGCCCUUGCGCUUCAAGGUCAGAAGACCUCCGUUGCGAGAGCCCAACGACUCCCCGCACGCGAACGACCUACACCAAAAUAUCCAUUGUAUUACAUCCACAAAAGGUCGGCGGACAACGCAGGGUGCCGCGUACGCGAGACUCCAGAGUCUCGGGUACUGGAGCAGGAGAGCGACUUGGCAACUGUCCACAAGGCCCUUGAUAACGGAGAUGGUCAUGGUAUAAUCGUGGUGACGAUUAAGCUCAGCAACUUUGGGGCACAGAGGAAAGAUCAGGUUCGAUCAGCCAUUCGCCGCGAAGUGAAAUUUUUAAAACAACACAGACGGGACACUAUACUUCCAUGCUUGGGCUCGAAAAAUUUCGAGACAGACCUACCCGUCUUCUACUUCGACCUAGCGGAAGGGAACAUAUGGCAUCUUUCUACAACACAGACAAUCCUGUGGUCAGGUGACCUCAGUCAAAGAAUGCUGCGCCAAAUACUCGACGCGCUGGAAUACCUUGCUGAGAACGACAUGUGCCACGGAAGCAUUGAACCAGAAAAGAUCCUCUACUACAACUACAACGACGAGGGGAAGAGCGAGACGGAGAUUGAUAAAUAUUUCUUUAAACUAUCGCAUUUUGGCAUCACCAAGUACGCUGCGAAGCCACGCGCGCAGUUCCGAGCACCGGAGCUCUGGGACGACAAGGAACCAGACACGGCAAAGAUGGUGACCCCGAAAACAGACGUUUGGUGCCUUCUUGCUGCAUAUGCUGCCACGCAUCCGUCGACGCAAUGGGACAUGUUGCAGGUCAGUAGCUUGUCGGCCCUGUGCAAGGUGAUGGGCAAGGUCGGACAAAUGUGGCCGUCUCUCAACCCUAUGGCCACUGAAGACCCCACGAAACGAGCAUCGGCAACUCAGAUGCUUUCUUUUCUGCCUAAGCUUAAAGUCCCAGCUCAAUCUCCAGGUGCCCCGAGCCCAGCUCAAUCUCCAAGUGUCCCGGGCCCAGCUUCUCCAUCGCUGGGAGCCGGAGGACCAACUGACGACCCCGCGGACCCGGGCGGUCGGGAACUUGAGCCGGCUAUCAUUGAAACGUUCCGGUACAAUAUGCGCGAUCGAACGGUUAGGCAACGGGCAGAGCAGAGGCGCAAUGCCCGCCCAAGGCCAGGCCAGAGACGCAAUCGGGCAGACCAGAGACGGGAUGCUCGCCAUCGUCCAUACUGA